AGUACCUGCACAUCCCUAUGAGAACAAUUUAUGAGAGUAACCUCGAGAUGUGACCGAGUGACUGCGGCAUCCCGCGGGAAAUGAAUCCGGCUCUUAACGCGUUACUUUAUAUAAGUUCAACCUCAAAUCCAUCAUAUAUUCCUCAUCAUCAUCCUCCGGGCUUUCAGUCUCGCCUUUCAUCUUUUAGCUUAGUACUGGCUUGCUUUGUCUUUCACGAUGACAACACUUCAACAAUCCAACUCUCGUGCAGAGAAACUCGUCGCUCUCCCAAGCUUGUCAUGCGGUCUCUCUUCAUUACCUCAAGCCAAAAGCAUGGACAGCGUAUCGCUACACCCAAACAUGUACGCGCAGCGGGCAGCUGAAAGCGAAGCAAAGCUCAAAAAUGUCCUGUCCAAGACUGCGGCAUCACACUCGCAGGCUCCUCCACCUAUCCCUACAUACAUGAACCCGCCCCAUCAUAACCCAAAUUCGCCGAAUUCAUCUCCGCCCUUGAUGAUGCGGAAAACUAAACCAAAAUUCUCGGCCUAAGUGGCCAGCCUAGACUUUCCUUUUAUAUCUUCCUCUGCUGGGAACUAUUGUAGAUCUUGCAUUACCACCAUAACGCGGCACACCCUCUCAUCGACCAUCCUCAUCACGUUAUUGCAUCGCAUAUAGACACAUCGCAUACCUAUAUUCAUACCAG